UCGUUGAAUGCAGUGUGCGGAUCUAAAAGCAGGCGACGAUCAACCAUCGCUCGAAGGAAGGCAGUCGCAGAAAGACAAGCGUGCGCGCACCUCGCUAGUACAAUUCGCAACGUCCGCGGCGCGCGUGCGUGCUUACUAGUAGUGCGGCUGUUUUGUGUUCACUAGAUGUUACGUGCAUAAUACAACAAAAUGAAGUUAAAUGUCAAAAUAUUCGAUUUGGUCCCGGCGCGGUUCAACGUGGCCAUCAUGAUGUUCUUCGCUUGUUGGGUCAACUAUAUGAUGCGGGUUAACAUGAGUGUAAACAUUAUUGCGAUGGUACCUGAUGACACAGCGACCACAUCGGUGAAAAGCGAGUGCGAGGCCAUAGUGACAAACGAUACAUCGUUGUACAACAGUACCGUGGUCAUGAAGAAAGAACUGCGACAGCCAGAUGGCGUGGUCACAUUCUCAUGGACAGCGCAACAGCAAGCCUACGUGCUCUCAGGAUAUUUCUGGGGCUACUCCAUCUCCUGCCUGGUCGGAGGUACUGCAGCCGAGUUCUGGGGCCCGAGGAAGUUGGUGUUCGUGACGAUGUUGCUGAGUGCCAUCCUGACGAUACUAAGUCCUCAGGCAGCGAGGUUGCAUUAUAUGGUACUCGUCGCCGUACGAUUUGUUAGUGGACUUGCAGCGGGAUUCCUGUUUCCAGCGCUGCAUGCGUUAGUUGCCCACUGGGCUCCCCCCGCGGAGAAGGGCAAAUUCGUGAGCGCGCUGUUAGGCGGAGCUAUCGGCACAGUGGUCACCUGGUCCCUAACUGGACCCUUAAUUGAAAACUUCGGAUGGGAUUACGCAUUUUAUGUACCUGGGGCGAUUGCGUUAGCAUGGUGUAUGCUGUGGUGGUUCCUAGUGUACGAUUCUCCAGUCCAGCAUCCACGCAUCUCAGAUAACGAGAAGAAAUAUAUCCUCGAGGCCAUUGGCGACAAAGUUCAUCAGAGCACUAAAGAAUCCAAGAUCGUGCCUCCUUUCAAGAAGAUUUUGACAUCAUUUCCAUUCUUGGCUAUGGUGAUACUCCACUACGGUAGCAAUUGGGGCUUGUACUUCGUGAUGACGGCGGCUCCUAAGUUCGUGUCGAGCGCGCUCGGGUUUAACCUGACGUCUACCGGCACUCUCUCCUCGCUGCCAUACCUCGCUAGAAUGAUAUUCUCACUCAUAUUUGGAGCCAUCGGUGACAGAAUCGUGAAACAGAACAUAGUAUCGACAACAUUUAUGAGAAAAUUCUUCUGCCUAUUCUCUCACGUGGUACCAGGGCUGCUCCUCAUAGCUCUAGGCUACACUGGCUGCGCACCCAUCCUCUCAGUGGCCUUGAUAACGUUCUCCAUGGGGUCUAAUGGCGCGGCCACGCUGACAAACUUGGUGAACCAUCAGGAUCUGGCGCCGAAUUUCGCGGGCACCUUGUACGGCAUCGCCAAUGGAAUCGGCAAUACCGCAGGCUUUGUCACUCCCUUGGUGACUGCGCACUUCACUAAGAAUGGAAACGGAUUCGCUGAAUGGCGGCCGGUGUUCAUAACGGGUGCUUCUUUAUACAUUGCGUCUGCCGGGUACUUCAUACUGUUCGGGACGGGAGACACGCAGGAAUGGAACUACGUGGUCCCAGUCGAGGAAGAAGAGAAAAACGAUAGAGAAACCAACUCCACGGAUACCACGGUCACGAUCGCGCCCAAAACAUAAAUAACCAAGUACCUACACAAUUUGGUACAAUAUUGCAACAGCGAUGCGUAAAUGAGUCUGCUGAAUAGGUAUUUUAAAUUAAUAAGUAGCUUUAAGAUUAGGUUUCGCCAUAUUUUUAAUGUCUGGGUUUUAAAAAUGUUCAUGCAAGUACAUAAGUUCUGCUACUUUUUAUACGUGACUUCUUAUAGGUUUUGUUUGUCUUUGUAGUAUGAUAUCUAACUUAAACUUAUGGUUUAAGUUAUUUAAGUAUUAGAGUACGCUCACAGUGCAAACUAAACAGUCGACCGACAAUGGGCUCGACGGUUGGAAAAAAAUAUAUGAAUUUAAUAAAAGAUUUUAAUCUGAUAUCGAAUAUCUGAUCGUUGUUGUGUGCGUACUAACAUUCAUUUGCAUACUGAUUUAUGAGCCGAUCAAACUAUCGGCCGACUAAAAAGUGUGUAGUGUGGGGAAACUCAAAUGAUAGGUAAAUGACCAGAUACUUAAGAUAAAAUACCUAUAGUUUUUUGUACGUGAGCAAGUUCAAAAAUCGUUCCUAAGCUGGAUUUUUGCAGCAGUUUCAAAAUUGGAUCAUUCUAUUUAACCGUGUCUCAAUUUUAUGUGAUAGUCAUUUAGACCAGUAAAAACAUAAAUAAACUUCUUCCCGUAGGUACCUGGAUAAAAUAUAGUCCGGUUACUUGCGGAUAGUGCAACUCCCCAAGAGUGAAAGAAUUUUUCAAAUCGGUUCAGUACUUUCGGAGCCUUUACCCUAAAGGCUCAAACUACAAACAAAAAAAUGUUUCCUCUUUAUCAUAUUAGUAUAGAUUAUCUCGCAGCCGGCAAUAUAAUAUGUACCUACUUAACUGUUGAUAUUGUAUCUAUUGCUAGACCAUGUUCAUGCCUAAAACAUAAACGAAGUUAGCAGUUUUUUAUACUUCUUCUUGUAAGAUCAAUUUAGGCCAGAUCAAGUGUUUUUCGGAUAACCUUUUUCUUGAAAACUGUAUAUUCUAAAAUAUAAGAAUUCCCGUAAAGAUCUCGCAUUUAUCUCUAUAGGGAGAGCAUUGAAUUAAAAUUCGCAAUAUGUAGAAGUUUGUCUCAAACUAAUCGCCUACAGAUUAGCACCUUUUUACGAAAUAUGUGCUUGAAUCCUUUCGUCAACAAGCAACGCAAAUCUUUAACAUCUGCCAAUGAUCGUUGUCGCUUGUAGAUCAAAAUAGUAAGGUAUUUAAGAUUUUUAUAGCGUUGUGUGCUGUAG